CGCGUUUCAACCAAUACUAACAAGACUAUUACUCAUAUCAUACGUUCUUCAUUCCCAGGAAUCAUCCUAAGUGGAAAUGAAAUAUCACAAAUUCUGCUGUCACUAAUCCUCUCAUAUGUGGGAGGUCACAGAAAUCGACCCCGGUGGAUAGCGUGGGGUGUGGUCUUCUGCGCCAUGUCCUGCUUCAUCCUAGCGAUGCCUCAUUUCAUCUACGGAGCUGGAGAUGCGGCACUACAGCUCACAAAGGAGUACAUCAACGAUCAGGAGACGGAAGCGCUGCUCAACAGCCACAACCUGACGAGGAUCGUCAAAAGCACCAAUCGGCUGUGCUUGGACACGUUCAGUCCGAAAGAGUGCCACGAUAUCAUCUCAGUAGUUCCACUGGUAUUAAUAUUCAUGUCCCAGUUUGUGCUGGGCAUUGGAAACACCCUCUACUACUCAUUAGGUCAAACCUAUCUGGAUGACAACACUAAGAAAACCAACACACCACUCAUGCUGGCGUAUGCCUCAUCGCUGCGAACUUUCGGGCCCGUUGUAGGAUUCGCCCUCGGAUAUUUUGCCCUUAAGAUUUAUAUUGACCCGACGAAAACCCCAGUUAUUGACAGCUCUGAUCCACGAUGGUUGGGAGCCUGGUGGCUGGGAUGGAUCAUACUGGGAAUUGCCAUGCUGUUUUUUGCAGCUCUGAUUGGUCUGUUUCCCAAAGAAUUGCCAAAGAAGCAGGAUGCUUCUGUCAGGCCCAAGUCGACAAUGCCAGUGAUACUGAUGAACGAUGCCGAAGCGUUCGGCAAGGAAAAGAAUCCUUUGAGUAAGACAAAAGAACAAAAUGGACUGACAGUGCAGAGUAAGGACGAUGUAGGUCCGAUAGUGGAGUUCCCACAGUUGAAAGAUUUCCCGAAGGCGUUGAUGCGGCUCCUCAAGAACAAACUGCUCAUGUUCAACAUAAUAUCCGGCAUAUUCUACAUCCUGGGCUCCAGCGGCUACAUCACAUUCCUGAGCAAGUACAUCGAGGUUCAGUUCCACAAAUCCACAGCCAACGCCACAGUCAUCACCGGGCCCAUCACACUGUUCGGCAUGGUCGCCGGCUUUCUAAUCUCAGGCAUUGUUAUAUCUAAGAAGAAGCCUUCGCCGAAGGUUCUCCUGUUUUGGAACGUUAUAGUAGGGAUUGGCUAUAUGCUAGGACAAUUCUCGUACUUAUUCUUGACGUGCCCGGAUGGUACUAUGCCGUUGGUUAAGGGACGUCUGAAUCUGUCCACGGCGUGCAACAGUCAGUGCCACUGUGAGGGUAUUCCGUACAGUCCCAUUUGUCAGGAAGAAACCGGAAUCACGUUCUUCUCGGCUUGUCACGCUGGAUGUGACGCGUGGGAUGCCAAGGGAAAAUACUACGACCAAUGUACCUGCCAGAAUGAAAACUAUUCACCAAUUACGAAACCCUGGGAAAUGCAGCCAUCGUUUACCACGCGGACCAUGUCCAGGGAAACAACUCUUCCAGAUUUUGUUUCAACCACAGCUGCUUCGACGUCUACUUCCGGAGGCUCCAGCAGUUCAACGACAAACAGUAUUUCAACAUCAACGGUAGCGGAACCGGAUGAAUAUGGAGGAAGCCCUCUGGGCAAAUCGCUUCUUCUUCAGAACAAUAGCUCGGAAAUAUACCAAACUUCCCAACAGCGCAACGAAACAGACCUAGAUGAUGUCUAUCUGUACGAUGACGAAGAUGAUUUCGCCUACGACGAGAAAGACUUCAACGCAACCACAAGCAGGGAAACCGAAACCGUAGAAGAAUCGGAACCCAGAAACAGAACGCGCCGAGAGGUGGAUGAGAUGGAAUUCACAAGCACGACGACGACGUCUUCCAGCACCACCGAGAGUCCCUUCACUGCCCGGUUGAUUCCCGGAGCCUGCUUGAAGGGAUGUGCGAUGGGAUUCUAUCUGUUUUCCAUCAUUUCCAGUAUUAUCAACUGCUUUGGAGCUUCCGGUCGCAUCGGUAAUCUGCUGGUCAAUUACAGAUGCGUCGCCAAGGAGGACAAAUCGUUCACGCAAGGGCUGAUCCUGAUGAUGAUCAGUUUGUUCGCGUUGAUUCCGGGUCCGAUUAUUUACGGGCGGAUCAUCGACAGCACCUGCCUGGUGUGGACCGAGGAGUGCGGCAAACGGGGGAACUGUCAGCUGUACGAUCAGCGGUUGUUCCGGUAUUACAUCAAUAUUACGGCCUUAUGUCUAACCGCAAUCGGAGUAUUUUUCGACGUGCUAGUAUGGUGGUACGGCCGAACACUGGACCUGUACGGCGAACGGGAAGCGGAGCAGAAGAAAGCGACGACCACCACGACGACAGCACCGCAAUCCAAAAGUGCAUUCAAGUGAUAGGAUAAAGUGACGACGAGGGCGGGACUGCAUUGGAUAUUUCGGAAACGAUUCCCAACCAAAACCAAGAACACGGUGGGGUUUCAUGUGAUUUUUUAUUUAAAACAGUAAAAUAGAAUAAAAAUUCUAAAAUCCGCAAAUAUACAUUCUUAAUCUGUGAUUUGUUAAAGCAGUAAUUUUGUUACGAUUUCAUUGCACGAUUGUGAAUAAAUUUUAUAAACAAACUCAA